CACUGCUUCAAUCAUCACGCGUGUCGCUGCCGUGGAUGAGAGCAAAAUGUUGCCGUCUUCCCUGGUCUUCAUUGGAGUGGUGUUAGUGAUUCCCAUCGUCUCUCCAGACUGUCGCGUCACUCCCUCCAGUAGACUGGAUGUAAAGAACCAGCAGCUCACAAUCAGAUUCUGGGGCUUCAUUACUGGCAUUGAGGUGCAUUCUUUCCUAACAGUUGUUCUUUAUGACAAAGACCUUCCUUUGUUGAAAAUUGAGUGUAACCAUACCCACGUCACCAUCCACGCGUCUGAAUUCAAAGCGGAAAAGACAAGUGAGCCAGUACCAUGGCCAGUGUGUUCAGAAUGGCGUCAGUUUCGCUUAGUGAUACACAGCAACCACCUUGACAUCACUGACGACCACAACAACACGUGGGUGAGCAGGAGCAUUCGCAAGUCCCCCACUUGCUUGAAGCUUGUCAUGGACCACCUCGAACCUUCCUGCAGCACGCCGACCCCCAUGUGGGAGGUGGGAGCCAACACCCAAGACAUUGCCGCGCCACGCUGCCACGACGCCCUCCAUUUCACACUCCAAGCUGAUACCAUCGUCACACCGCGGCUCACGGUCGGAAACGUCAGUCUUACUUUGCAUGAGCUUUCUCUAUCUCAGCCUUCCUUGAGCCUCACCGUGAGGGGCACUCCUGGAGCUACGCCCGCCGUGUUGGUAGCAGUUGUAUGUGGGAUGACUGUGGAGGUGGGCUGCACCGUCCCAACUUUGUCCUUGUCAAGUGAAAACGGGGCCACCUUCACUGUAACGCAACGCAUCCAUCUUCAGGAGUGUCCGCCUAAGACACAUAAGACCAAGAAGGCGCAGUCAGGAGGUGGAAGUCAGGACUGCGCUCAGGUCUACCGUCUCUCUCUGUUCCUGGCCACGGUGCUGGUGGUCCUCUUGAUCACACUGUGCGUCUCCUGUCUCCUCCAUCUGAAGAAGAGGCAAACCAGAUUACAUUGUGAACAAACACCACGUGUAAGAACACAAAGGAAAGGAAUGCAAAAGCAUCAUAUCACCGAGAGUCCAACAAAACCACGGAAGGAAUCACCUCUGUACCUUGAGCCCCGUCCCGCUCCAGGCGUCCUUCACCCGACACACAUUACACUGCAGCCAUGGAUGCCUCCCUCUGCACACAUCUACGAGAACAGUGAUCAUUCCUCGACUGACAAUUAUGAUGAUUUUGAACUCGAUAUUUACAAUGGGAAGUAGAUUUAAAGAGGAACAUAAUGUAACAUGGUAGGAUGGUAUGUUAAGGAGAGCCAAGGUGAACAAGGUGGGCUUGGGUGACUCUGUAGGCUUAGGAGGGAAAAUAACCGUACCGAGCGCCUAAUUAAAUUGAGAGAUGCAGCCUUCUUUACUGGAAGACAAUGCUUCACUCAAGAUCAUGGUUCAUGUAGUACAUAUAUAUGUAGAUUGUCAUCUACUUUGUCGUGUUCAUUUCAUGUGAACAUGUAUUUCAUCAAACUGACAUAUAUUUCAUAUUCACCAAGGUCGAUAAUAAUUUUAGCACAUUGUCUUGGAACAUGUUGCCAUCACAAGUGAGUGUUGUUUGACAGUUUCCUCAUUUUCCUUCCAUCAGUUAUCUCACGCUUACUAAAACAUACAUGUGUUCUCGGAGGCUUUAGGUUUUGUCCACUACAUUAUGGCAGCCUGUACAUUUCAUUUCUACCUCAAUAAAGGUUUUCAUUAG